AUGCAACACCACUGCCCCGUACCUCGUCAACAUUCCUCAUCUACCUCCUUCACCCCCGCAACAAAAUCAGCGACAGAGUCUGACUUUCUGAGUCCCAGUCUCGUCUCUCCCUCUUACUCCCCAUCUCCUACUCUCUUUCUAGUUUCCCCAUUUCUGUCUUCGCCUACCCCGUUCAUGCCCGGUGAGUAA